ACCAGCGUCUUCGCGGGGCAAAUUUGCAAUUCGAAUCAAAGUUGUAUAGCAACCUUCAAACAGCUGCUUUAAAUCACAGCCGAACAGAAAUAAGUCCAUAGAAGUAGGAAAAGGGAAGAGAGUGGCUCUACACUAAUAGUAUCUCUAUGUACUUUUCAGGAAGUUGGACAAAGAGCGGUCGCUGCUUGUGUCUGGAACGGGCUCAGCUCGUCAAAGAGCAAAGAUGCUGUGCCUUCAAAGUUGGACCUCACAUCUCACAAAUUAUUCAAAACCACUUCAAAGGAUGUUAUGUGAAGCCAGUGCUAAACUACCAGCGUUAACGUUGUUCACCAAGCAUCCCUGUCCUUUAUGUGAAGAAGCCAAAAUGAUGCUUGAACCAUAUAAAGACAAGUUUACUUUGGAGGAAAUAGAUAUAACUCUACCUAAUCAUUCAGUCUGGCUUGAAAAAUACAAGUACGAAAUACCUGUCUUUCAUCUGAAUGGGAAAUUUUUAAUGAAGCAUCAAGUAGAUAUACAAAAACUAGAAAAUCAUCUUUUGAAUUUAGAAUUACAAGAUGAAAGAAAUAAAUGAAGAAAAAUGAAGAUAUUUAAUUGCAAGCCAUAAGGAUUGCACUGAUCAUUUUUGUAUUGCCUUCUGUAAAAAAUCACCCUGCAAAUUUUGUAAUCAACUAUCAGAGUUUUGUUUGAUGUUUAUUUGAUGUUUAUUUCAUAUUGACUAUGUUCUUCACAGUAAAAACACAUUUAGACUUUAUGCUACCACUAUACAACAGAAUAUAAUUGUAUUAAUAAAAUUGAAGCAGCAUAAG